ACGUGGAGGCGGCAACUUUCAGGCGGACGGCUCACACACUCCCAGACUCCCUAUCGUCUCUCGGUCACUCAGUACCUCAUCCGCACUACACUGAGAAGGUUGAGACUGCUACUACCUCUCUAUUUCACCAUGAGCUCGCUGGUAAACAACCUCAUAGUUCCUGGCCACGAUAAGGACGUUGCCAACACGAACGGGACUGUUAUUCAAGUGGCUGCUAGAGAUGGAGAAAAUGGAAGCAGGAAGAACCUUGUUGGCUGCAGGAUGAAGUGGGCAGCGAAUUCAAACGGCAGGGAGCGUGGUGUUCUCCGUCCUCUCGCGUCAGGAGGAGGUAGCAUGUGCUUGGAACUGACCGUGACUGGUGAGGAAACACCGUAUUCGUUCGAGGUGAUAGAAGAGAGCGCCCGAUAUCUGCUGGCCAAGACUCGACACAGGCCCAAGAUUGGUGUGAUCUGCGGUUCUGGUCUAGGAGGAUUGGCGGAGCAGCUUCAGGACAGCGAUGAGUUUCCCUACGAGACAAUUCCAAACUUCCCAGUCUCUACGGUGGUGGGUCACGCUGGCAGGAUGGUCAUUGGACUGAUCAGCGGCAUCCCUGUUCUCUGCAUGCAAGGAAGGUUCCAUUCUUAUGAAGGCUACCCGCUGUGGAAGUGCGCGAUGCCAGUUCGUGUGAUGAAAGUCAUGGGUGUGGAACAGCUGGUGGUGACGAAUGCUGCUGGUGGACUUAACCCUUCGUACAACGUGGGAGAUAUCAUGAUCAUUAAGGACCACAUCAAUAUGCAGGGCUUUGUCGGUGACUCGCCGCUACGUGGCAAGAAUGAUGAACGCUUUGGGCCACGUUUCCCUGCCAUGAACAACGCCUAUGACCGCUCCCUGAGGCGCCGCGCAGGGGAGAUAGCACUGGACAUGGGCCUUGGGGAUGCAGUGAAGGAAGGGGUCUAUGUGAUGCUGGGAGGACCUACUUAUGAGACUGUGGCUGAACUGAAUCUACUGAGGAUCCUUGGAGUGGAUGCUGUGGGAAUGAGCACUGUGCCUGAAGUGGUGGUGGCGCGGCACUGUGGCAUCAGAGUGUUUGCCUUUUCCCUCAUUACCAACAAGUGCAUCGUUGAGUAUGACACUGAAGCUAAGGCCAACCAUGAAGAGGUCAUUGAAGCUGCCAACAGGAGGAAGAAAGACCUGCAGAAUCUUGCCAGUCGAGUUAUUGAGGUGAUGGCAGAGGAGGGGCACAAUGAGUCCACCUCUGCCUCUAAUGCCACUAAGACUGAUGCUGCUGCUGCUGCUAGUGUUUGAGUAGGCAAGACAUCCAGGCUCUUCCUUAUGGUUUAGUUUCAGAAGCAGGAAGUCUCUUUCUCUUUUUCUUUUUUGUAUUUUCUUUAGUAUUAUCUUGUAUCUCUCUCUCUCUCUCUCUCAUACACAGAAAAACCAUGGUAUAAGUAUUAUAUUGAUAGAUAUUUUACUCAUGAUGGUGUUACAUAUGUAGAACUCUUGAGGUAGAAGCACAACAAUUGUUUAGUGAUCCUUUAUAACAGAAUCUUUGUAAAUUUGUACUAACGUUCAUUGAAUACACAAGUAUUGUAGUUUUGAUUUUGAAGUUAAUUUUCUGUCUGAUAAGUGCUGUAGUAGUAGUAGUAGUAGUAGUAGUAGUAAUUUUGAUCUAAUGAACUAUCUCAUUCAUUCAUUAUAAAUAUUUUAUCAGAAAGAUGGUUGGUAUAUAGUAUUAAUAGUAGUUAUCAUCUUGUCAUAAUCUACCUAUAAACAACCUGUUAUAUAUGAAUUAUAUUUUCUUUAUUAUUGUCACUGAUGCUGUAAUGAUGAUGAUGAUGAUGAUGAUGAUGAUCUGUUAGGCCAAUUUCUGCUACCUUUCCUACCAUCUACUUCUCCCAUCUCUGGCUACUUGAAGAGAUUGAGGUUUGAUAUGGUGUAAUUGAAUGAUGAGGAUGAUGAAGCAUUGGUUAGAUGAAGUCUUCUUUUCUCCUGUCCACCUUUGCCUUUGGAUAACACUUGAAAGGAUUAUGGCUUGAUUAUAAUAUGGUGUUCCCUUCCUUAUUCUCAAUGGAAAGUUUUAUAAAAUACUUGGCUGUGGACUGAAUGAUUAACUUGCAUCCUUCCUUACCAGUUCCCCACUUAAUGGUUUGGAUACAUGGGCAUUUCACUCCCAGCUAGUCACUAGCAUCUACUCUCAGGAAGGUGUGUGUUGCUGGCAAGUUUACCACCUGAUGUUCUGACAUUUGGUACAGAUCAUUCCAUUAGUGAUGUGCAUUUUCUUGAAUGUUAGUGUAAUUGUUCCAUCCUAAAGGGACCAAAAACUGAGUGAAUAAAUGGUUUGUUUCCUAAUGUUAAGCUGUGUUAUUUAAUGUCAUGUGGCAUUAAUGUUUGUGUUACUGACAAUGUAUACACUGCCCUGUGCCUGGCAACACUGAAGGCACUUUUAUACCAAGCAGUUUGUAUGUUCAAAAUAAUGAAAAUUUUUAUUAGCA